UAAUCUUGUUUGCGCGAGCUUGCCAUGCUCAUUAGCAUGUCCACUUUUACCAAGUUAGCCUGCUAGCUAAAGUUGUAAACAUGAGCGAACGAACUUUGCUAAGUUGCGAAUAAUGAGCCAAGCUUUUGCUUUCCGUGAGGAAACACGAGUGAAGAUGAAGCUCUCCGUGCUUCUGCAGCUCCUGGUGCUAUUGCUCGCUGUCGCAAUGCCCGCCGGUGCUCAGCUCGCCACCUCCUUCUUGGAGCGGUCAAACGUCCUUCCCAGCUUCCACCGGCCAACCAACCACAGCCGCUUCUUCUACGCCGUGAUGUUUGAUGCAGGGAGUACAGGGACCAGAAUCCAUGUCUACACAUUCAUCCUUGCGGAGUCAGAGGCGCUUCCAGUUUUGGACAAAGAGAUGUUCCACUCAGUGAAGCCCGGUCUGUCAGCACACGCCGACUCUCCUGUGACGGCUGUACACACGCUGAAAGAGUUGUUGAAGGUGGCCAAGAGUACAGUGCCUCGUCUGGAGUGGAAGAGAACUCCAGUGGUGCUCAGAGCCACGGCUGGACUUAGACUGCUGCCUGCACACAAAGCCCACGCUCUUCUGGAACAGGUUCAACGAGUGUUUGAUGAGUCUCCAUUUUUGGUCCCUGACAACAGCGUCAGCAUCAUGGACGGCACAAGUGAAGGAAUCCUGGCAUGGAUAUCAGUCAACUUCCUAUCGGGUCACCUUCACGCUCAGACCAAACACACGGUGGGAAUCCUGGAUUUGGGAGGAGGAUCCACACAGAUUACCUUCUUGCCACAAGCCAAGGCCAACCUUGAAAAAACAAACGUCGGCAGAUUCCACAUCUUCAACUCCUCUUUUGCAUUGUACACUCGCAGUUACCUUGGCAACGGGCUGAUGACAGCGCGACUUUCCACGCUGAGAGCGUUUGGCGCCGAAGGGCUGCAGUGUCAAGUUUUUAAAAGUCCGUGCCUCCCCAAAGAGUUCUUGGACCAGUGGAGCUUUGGAGGGGAGACGUACCAAGUGAGCGGAGACCCAGACGGUGUCUCAGGAUACAAGUGGUGCUAUCAGGACGUGUUGAAGACAGUCAAGGGGAUUAUUCAUCAACCCCAGCGGCUCCGAGACAGCAGCACGCAUUUCUAUGCAUUCUCCUACUACUUUGACCGAGCGCUGGAUGCCGGCCUUAUUGAUGAAGUCCAAGGUGGAAUGCUGGAAGUCAGAGACUUCAAGAGGAGCGCAGAGGAGGUGUGCGAGAAGACCGGCAGGGCGACUUCCAUCCAACCUUACCUGUGUCUGGACUUGACUUACAUCUUCUCUCUGCUCAAAGAUGGCUUUGGCUUCCAGGAGAGCACACGAGUGCAGUUGGCCAAGAAAGUGAACAACGUGGAGGCAAGUUGGGCACUGGGUGCCAUGUUGGACCACUUUCACCAUCUAAACAUACGCUAAGCAGCAGGGAGCAGCGUUACCACAUCCCCAUAGCUGGCACCUUCUGUUGUCAUGGCGACCAGUUCAUGUGGCGCAGAGAGCACCACCACUGAGUCUGCGGGGCCUGAAAAGAACAACAACUGUAGUGAACAUAUGAACACGCCUCAUAACGCAGGAAUUCAUAUUCAUUGUAAUAUACUAUAAUAAUAUUAAUAAAGUGUUUAUGAGGGAAAACACAUUUAUCAAAAUGAUAUACUUAUGCAAAAUAUCAAUGUGUGUAUUUACUCGAGCAAUGCAGGGUGUCCCAAAAGUCAGAACAUAUAAUAUACACAAAGUUACUUUAUUGGAAUAAUUUGAUGUCAAAAAUUGGUUCAUUUAAAAAAUGAAUUGAAAAAUAUAUAUUUAUUGUAUUAUGCAAAAUCAGUUCAGUGUUCAUAUAUAAAUGAUUGUAAACGUAUUUUAAAGUGUAUUUGUUACUGUAUAUAGACAGUGUGUCCCCUUAGGUCUGGAAAAAUGCACACAAUGAUUUGUAAAGAUAUCUAUUUGAGAAUAAUAGACUUAGAUAAACUUUAAUGAUCCACAGGGGAAAUUGUAGUUUCUUUUGACAAAAUGGUUUGUUGAACUUACGGUAGGUGUAAAAAAUAAAUAUGCACUUUUCAUUUAGAAUCUAUAGGCUCCAGCAACCCCAAAGGGGAUAAGCGGUAGAAAAUGGAUGGAUGGAUAAAUGGCUAUUUUAUUUUUUUAAACUCAGAGCUAUAGAUAAAUCUAUAAGUAGCUCUACAUACCUAGAUUUUGAACUAUUUUUAUUUUUUUCUAUUGAAUUUCUGCACUAGAAAAUGAGCUGCUUUCAAUAUCAUUGUAUGCAUUUAUGACAAUAAAAAGAUGUGUGUGUGUGCAUAUAUAUAUGAUAAAAAAUGUUUUUGGCAAAUAAUCAUUAACUUUAGAAUUUGAUGCCAGCAACAUGUGACAAAGAAGUUGGGAAAGGUGGCAAUAAAUACUGAUAAAGUUGAGAAAUGCUCAUCAAACACUUAUUUGGAACAUCCCACAGGUGAACAGGCAAAUUGGGAACAGGUGGGUGCCAUGAUUGGGUAUAAAAGUAGAUUCCAUGAAAUGCUCAGUCAUUCACAAACAAGGAUGGGGCGAGGGUCACCACUUUGUCAACAAAUGCGAGAGCAAAUUGUUGAACAGUUUAAGAAAAACCUUUCUCAACCAGCUAUUGCAAGGAAUUUAGGGAUUUCACCAUCUACGCUCCAUAAUAUCAUCAAAGGGUUCAGAAAAUC